AUGUCGCUUCCCGGAAGCACCGAGCCCGCCCCCAAGGGAGGCCGAACGACAACGAUGGCACUGUCGCCAUGGAACCAAGCCGGGCCUCGGAGCUACUUCAGCACGGCCCACUGCCACCCAUUGGACAACAGCAAGUCCGGCGAAGCCAUCAAAAAAAUCCGAGAGUCCCUGGACAUACUCGUGAUCGCCCGACCAGACGCCGCGGGCCGCAUCUCGUUGGUCCAGAGCCCGACACAGAAGGGCACUAUGGCCCUCACUAUGGACCUCGACAACGACAGCAUCCCCUUGGACGUUCUGCACGAGGAGGACACCUUUGGCCAAACAUACGGAGAGCUGAAAGCCAAGGGCUUCCCUCCCUCGGCCUUUGUCCACCCGCGAUUUUGGUACGACGGAGAGCUCCACAACGAGGACACGACCUUGCCCACAUUUAGGGUCCUGGCGGUCGUCAUCGAGGGCGGACUUAUACUGUCCUACCACUUGCACCACGCGGUAUUCGACGGCUGCUGUAUGAAGACCAUCUUCGAGUGCCUCGGGUCGAUCGCCCGAGGCAAGGUGCCGGCGGCCACCAGGCCCAGCCAGGACACGUCUUUUAUCCCGUACGACCCGAUCGAGACGGACGAGGACCUCGCGCGCCUCGAUCCCGCCAAGUUCCCCGACCUGGAUCUCCCGGAGUUCCUGGACCUGCCGAGAGAGACCCGGGGGCCACAGGCGGCCGACUUCGAUCUCCAAGGCACCGGCAGGCUGUUCAGGUUCCGCAACGACAAGCUCCGGGAGCUCCAGGCGCUCAUCAAGGCCAGCGACGAGACGGGGAGGACCAGCGUGCCUACGAGCUACAUGUGCUUGGCCGCCCUGACGUGGUCGCACGUCUGCAAGGCCCGCUCGGCGGCCGAGGUCCUCAAGUACCGCGGCACCACCCCGGCCUCGGCCCACCUCGCGGCGCCGCCACCCCCGAGCAUGAAAAUACCUGUGAACUGGAGGGGACGCGGGCUGUUCGGGAAAAGGGAGGAGGAGGCCGACUACUUCGGCAACGCGACGUACGGCGCGCUCGCCACGACCGACUCGGCGGCGCAGCUGUUCGGCGCCUGCGGUAACCCGUCGGCCCUGGCCGCCGUGGUGCGCAAGAUCGAGGCAGCCGCCGAGACGCAGACGGGCAGGGACGACGUGCAGGUGCGCACGGCGCUGUACGCGAGUGUCAGGGACGUGUCGCGGGUCGCCUGGAGCAUCGACCCGCUGGACGCCGGAAACACCGUAGUCAACACGUGGCGGUACCUCGGCGGCGCCGACGUGCGCUGGACCAGCGUUCCUGGCCUGCUGGACGAGAGGCCCGAGGCGGUCCGCCGGUCCAUGGGGGCGUGGUGGGUCACGGGCUACAACAUGAUUUUGCCCGCCCGCUCCGGCUCGGAACACCAGGAGCUACUGGUCAUGCUGCCGACGACGGCGGCGAUGGAGGCGCUGUGCGGCGACGAGGAGUGGAUGGAGUGGGUGGACGAGGUCCUGGAGUGA